AUGAUUCCAGCUGAGGAAGAUAACAAGAUUAAUACUAAGAGCAAUGAGUCUUUACCUAAACCAUUGCCCAAUUCGGCUUUGCUAGUGAUAGACAUGCAGUAUGAUUUUUUACCACCUAAUGGUUCUUUGGCGGUUAAAUUUGGAGAUAAGAUUUUGAAACCAUUGAAACAAUAUAUAGACGAAAAUAUUAACAAUUUUGAAAUAAUUAUAUUUACACAGGAUUAUCAUCCUAUUGAUCAUAUUUCCUUUGCUUGCAAUCAUCCAAACAAAAAAGAUUUUGAUCCUAUUACUUACAAGUUUCCUGAUACUGAAACGUCUCUUGCCAGCAAUAACAAUAUGGCUACUAGCAAUAGCAUACCAAAAGAAGCCAAGAUUAGUAGUUUAAAUAUGCAAUCAAAGACGCCAUUGAAGGAUACAAAAUCUUUCAACAGUUUGUUAUGGCCCAAACACUGUGUGCAAAACACGAAAGGGUGUGAAAUUCAUUCAAUAUUUACUGAUUAUUUUAACACACUUGAUAAUAAAUAUAAUAGAAUAAAAGUAGUUAAAAAGGGAUAUUUACCAGAUCGGGAAUACUAUUCUUGUUUUAAUGAUAUAUGGAAUGAUCAUAAAACCGAAGUAAGCGAAUACUUACAAGCAGAUGGUGAUAAGAAAAUAAAAAAUGUAUAUAUUGUUGGAUUGGCUUUAGAUUAUUGUGUUUAUAACAGUGCAUUAAGCAGUAGCCAAUUGGGUUACAACACGUUUAUAAUUAAAGCUUUGACCAAGGGCAUUGAUCCUAAUUGGGAAUUGCCUAAAUGUGAUGGUAUAACAAUGAUAUGA